AUGCGCCUGAGCCUCGCCACGACCAUCGCCGCCGCCGGCCUUCUGCCCGCGCACGCCUGGAACAUGGCACCCGUGCGCUCGAUCCAGGCCCGCGCCCAGGGCGACACGCCGGUGUGGGAUGCGACCAACAAGGCCUACGUCUCGGCGUACGGCAAGACGUUUGCGGACCAGUACACGGCUGUGCUCGACACGGUCAACACGGCGAGCGUUGAAGGCGUCCUCAAGUACGUCCAGUCCGAGUGCAUCAACGCACCGGACCUCCAGCUCUGCCAGCGCAAGAACAAGGUCAAGAACAUCGUCUUCUACGACAUUACAAUCGCGCAGCCGAACGCGUCGCUGGCCCAGUUUGCUACCAACACGGCCGUGUACCCCGAGUAUGGCCCAUUCCUCGCGAUGGACGGCGGCGCGUGCACCGCCUCGGGCACGUCGCUGCCCACCGAGUGCUUGGAGUACAACGGCCUCAACGGCACGGUCAACCUCGGUCCGUUCGUCGGCGGUGUCCCGUCGACGGCCGACGCCCGCGCCUUGUACCCCAAUACGAUCUGGUUCUCGUACCCCAACAGCUGCGUGCAAACGCCGUGGAGUGGCAAGACGCCGGCGUGCCGCCAGCAGUUUACCGGUGGCCUCUGCCCGUUCGGUGUCAAGCCCGACGGCGUCAAGUGCACGUACUCGUACACGAUCCUUGGUUGGGUCGCGCUCGAUGACGUCGUGGGCAUCACGAGCAUGACCAACCCGACCACGAAGGCGCCGUUCGCCAACUACAGCGAGUUCUGCAACGCCAAGCUCACAGAAUUUAGCGCGUCACUGCUGCCCAACAACUCGUGGGGCGAAGUCACGUCCAACUUGACGUUUUGGAAGAGCCCGAACGACCCGGCCGCCAACCAAGCCCGUGCUCAAGUCGUGGUCGAGACGUACAGCAAGAAGCUCUCGGGCAACAUG